ACAAAACUGGCCAUUCUUUAAAUCGUAACGUCGGUCAUGGUACACCACUAGGAAGUCACGUGACCAGCUUGCGUUUGAGAGCGCAUUCACAGCUGCUUGUAAAUAGAGGCUGUAAAUAUAACUAUAGUGAAUAAAGAUGAGUUUGGGAGCGCGCGCCACCAAGGGUGGUGCGAAGGGGGGCAAGGACGGCAAGAACCCACAGGACAAAGGCAAGCCCACAGACAAGCCCCAGCCUAAGGAGAAGGCCAAGUUACAGGCCACCACAGAACAAAUUCGCAUGGCAAAUAUGAUCGACUGCAAAAGCGAAGAUACAAAUGAUGUUCGCAAAAUGGUGACCGUCCUGAUGGAGAUGACUUGCCGCACAGAGGAGGAGGUUUGCUCCGCGCUGCACGACUCCGACAACGACAUGUUUGUUGCCUGCAACUUGUUGCUGGAGGAGAGCGAGCGGAUACAGGGCGAGUGGCAAACUAACGAGAAGAAAAAGAAGAAGCCCCCCGCCGCGGCCGGCAAUGGCGAGGUGGAGGGCGCGCGGGACGGACGCGACCGCGACGCCCGCAGCAGAUCCGGACCUAGACCACGUUAUCGAAUGACAGGAUUCCAACCCUCGACCGCAAGAUCGAUAGUCCGUGGCAACAUUGGCGACACGUUCCCUGCCACAGAAGACUGGGAUAACGAGGAGUGGUCCGGCUCUCUCUCAGAUACCAAGGUGUUCACUCCGAGUGUGAACGCACAGAACUUGGUCCCUGAGCUCGACACCGCCUCGCAGAACGCCACGGAGGAGUGGGAGUGCGCGGCGGAGAGCAACGGGCCGACGGACGCGCACAUCACCUCAUACACCUACCACAACACUGCGCAGGCGCACCACCACUCCAUGCUAGAGCCGAUGGGCAUGUCGGGCAGUCUGACCGCGGCGCAGUCGCAGUACCUAUCACAGCUAACGCAGCAAUCGCAGCGGCACGAUAAUAGUGUGUACACGAGCAACUACGGCGUGUACGGCUCUGCUGACGUCACCAGCCAGCGCAAGACGCCGCGCGCGCGCGUGCCGCCGCCCUCCAAGAUACCAUCAUCUGCGGUGGAGAUGCCCGGAGGCGGUGAAUCGAGCGGCGCUAUGUUCCUCGACGUUCAGUUCGGAGCCCUGGAGCCCGAGACGCUACACGACACCGCGCCCGCGCAGCCCCAGCACCAGGUGCCUCCUCAGCACCAAGUGCCGCCUCAGCACCAGGUGCCACCUCAGCACCAGGUGCCGCCCCAGCACCAAGUGCAACACCAAGCCCAGCACCAAGUGCAGUCUCAGCACCAGGUACCGUCCCAGCACCAAGUGCAGUCGCCGCAUCAAGUUCAGUCCCAGCAUCAAGUGACGUCACAGCACCAAGUGCAGUCACCGCACCAAGUACAGUCUCAACACCAAGUGCAGUCGCAGCACCAAGUGACGUCACAGCACCAAGUGACGUCACAACACCAAGUGCAGAGUCAGCACCAGGCGCAGCACGCGCCGCAGACACAUUCCCAGACACCUAAACAGGUAUCGGUCGCAGAGUCUCAGCCGGCGGCGAGCAGUCACGAGAAUACAGUAGAUGUUCCCAGCAAUAACUACCACAAUACUAACACAAUGCUAAGUGACAGCUUAUCGUCAGUGGACACGACGGCGACGAGUCAACCUGUCACCUCAGAGCCCGCGGUCACGAACGCAACUUCAUUAGAGAAGCAACUAUCAGCAACAAUGAAGCAGAUGUCAGUGUCAGGGGCGGGGGCGGGGAAAAAGAUUGUGUUUCAGUACGACAGCUCAGUGGCCUCUAGCAACAGUUUAACGAGCACGUCAACCACGCAGACCUCCACAGCCAAAGUUACCACCACGACAGUGAGUGGCGGCGGCGGCAGCGCGGCGAGCAACGCGGGCGCGGGUGCGGGCGCGGGCGCGGCGGUGUACGCGGGCGGCGCGCUGUACGGCGCGGCGGGCACGCCGGCCGCCUACACGUACGACGACCAGCUGAUGCGCGGCGCGCUGCCGCACCACAUGGGCGGUUACUACGAGACUGGAUAUGUAGCGCGCGAAGGUACCUUCGGUCUGGGCGGCGGAGAGAGGUUCGGAAGAACGGACGCCGCCUCACCACAACAGGUACCAGCCGCACUACCGCCCGGCUACGCCUACAUCUACCAAGCACCUCCCACAACGUACCAAUAUGGAGUUUACCCCACGGCAACAAGGUCCAACAUUGUAAUUGUAAUUAUUGAUCUUUUGUUUUUCAAUAAGAUUAUUUCAAAUUGUGCAGGAGGUGCGUACUCCGGCAGCAGCGGCAAGGCGGGCGGCGCGGAGCUCGGCAACGUGAUGUACAACAAGACGCAUGUCGCACUUAACAAGGUCAAUAGCUACGAGAAGGCGGCGUUCCACAGCGGCACGCCCCCGCCCUUUGGCGCUGGCAGCCAUCUCUACAUCCCCGCGCCGCCGCAC